CGGCUCGCGCGUCGUGCUCGUCUCAGUUCUCAGAUCUCAGUCCGUCGCGCUCGACGGAGUACCCGUUGUUUACAAUCGCCAAUCUUAUUGCUCCUCUUUCCUCUUAGAUUCCCGAGGCGAAGCAUUUAAACGUCAAAAUGCCGUGCGAGAUGAUAACUCUGCAGCUUGGCCAAUGCGGCAAUCAAAUUGGAUUCGAAUUUUGGAAGAGACUCUGCGCCGAGCAUGGAAUUAGCCCGGAAGGAAUCUUGGAAGACUACGCGACAGAGGGAAUGGAUAGGAAGGACGUUUUCUUUUACCAGUCGGAUGACGAACAUUACAUACCGCGGGCUGUACUGUUGGAUUUGGAGCCAAGGGUAAUUCAUACCAUCAUGAAUUCUUCGUACUCGAAGCUGUACAAUCCGGAAAAUGUCUAUAUAUCGAAACAUGGCGGCGGAGCCGGAAACAAUUGGGCAUCUGGAUAUCACCAGGGUGAAAAAUUACAGGAGGAAAUCUUCGAUAUUUUGGAUAGAGAGGCCGACGGUAGCGACAGCUUAGAAGGUUUCGUUUUAUGUCAUUCCAUUGCUGGAGGUACGGGCUCCGGUAUGGGAUCUUUCAUGUUGGAAUCUCUCGCCGAUAGAUUUCCCAAGAAAUUAAUCGAGACGUACAGCGUUUUUCCAAAUCAGGAUGAAAUCAGCGACGUCGUAGUACAGCCGUACAAUUCGUUGUUGACUCUGAAAAGGCUGACUCAGUGCGCAGACUGCGUGGUGGUCUUGGACAAUACUGCUCUCAACAGAAUCGCUUCGGAUAGAUUGCACAUCCAGAAUCCCAGCUUCACACAAAUUAAUAAGCUCGUCUCAACAAUAAUGUCCGUCAGUACGACAACUCUGAGAUACCCUUCGUACAUGAACAAUGAUUUGGUUGGUCUGAUCGCACCACUUAUACCAACUCCACGCUUGCAUUUCCUAAUGACUGGAUAUACUCCAUUGACAACGGAUCAAGAGGGUGCAUCCGUGAGGAAGACGUCUGUUUUGGAUGUAAUGCGAAGAUUACUACAACCGAAAAAUAUGAUGGUCUCUACAGCAUUAGACAGAAAUGCAUCUCAUUGUUAUAUAUCCAUUUUGAAUAUAAUUCAGGGUGAGGUAGAUCCGACACAAGUACACAAAUCUUUACAAAGGAUCAGGGAGCGAAAACUCGCGCAGUUUAUUCCUUGGGGACCUGCUAGCAUACAAGUAGCCCUUUCAAGAAAAUCUCCGUAUAUACAAAGUACACAUCGCGUUUCCGGCUUGAUGUUAGCUAAUCACACCAAUAUAUCGUCGCUAUUUGAUAGAGCCUUACAACAGUAUGAUAAAUUGCGAAAACGCGAAGCGUUUCUGGAGCAAUUUCGCAAAGAAAAAAUGUUCGAGGAAAAUCUUGAUGAACUAGACAAUUCACGAGAGGUUGUAGAAUACUUGGUGAAAGAGUAUCAGGCUGCGACUCGAGUUGAUUAUCUCAGUUGGAAUCCAAACAAGCCAGACACAUAAAAUAACUAACGAAUGAUU